UAUUCAUACAUCUUAAUCGGUUUUUGUUUUACAUUGUUUCCAGUCCACCUUAACAAACAGGCAGUUCCUGUAAAAGAAUAGCUGGGAUGACCUCAUUGCACCUGGAUAAGGUAAUCCGCGACGACAUGGAAGCUCCUCCCCGGUCGUCGUCUCAGAAGCUCAGCUGCACUGCCGCGCAGAAAGGAGUAGGGUAUAUCCGACAGCACUUUUCUGACUGUCUUGUUUUUAUUUCUGUCCGGCAGUUAUAAACCAGUCUUGCAUAUUGAAAACGGAACUGGUCUUAUAUACAGGACCGAGACAACGGUACUGUUCUUUUUGGAAGUGUCUGGAACAAAUACUUUUCUCCUCGGAUUGUAAAACUAUCACCUUUCUUCCGCAAACCACGAGAUGAGUGUGAGUGUGCCCUCUGAGAAUGUUUUUCUGUCUGCUAUAUCGCCCCAUACUUCCGUCAGCACUUAUGCUGUCCCCUCCGACAUCCAACUCGGACAUGGGGGCACAGUCUCGGACGAGGUCGCGAAGGCGAAGAGGGUGCAACAACAGGUCCAGAUGCGUCUCGCUGAAAAAUUUACGUCUCUACCACGAGUAAACGGUUCCAGCUCACAUUACGCAUCAUCAGAGUAUGGUGGCUCCCAGACGAUGAAAUAUUCAACUUACAGCCCAGGAUUCAGCUCCAAGUCCCAAAUGUAUACUGUUGGUAGGACCAUGGCGAUGCCUCGGAUGUCCCAGCACACUGCGGGCUUCUCCUCGCGCUCAGCCGUGGAGAUGGGCCCUCGUCAUAAGGUCAGCCUUGGGGGUGGGGCUUUUCACCACGAUGACAUGCGCCUGGGCGGUGGCCAGCAGAGCUACAAGCAGGUGAUGACUCGAACCAUGAGCCGGCAGGAACCCGAGACCCUGUCAGUGCGCUCCCUGCGCCUCCACAACCAGCACCCGUCGCACGUGGCAGCCUGGAUGGGGCAGGGGCAGGGGCAGGAAGGCAGCGAGGGCAGCCUGCUGUCCGACCGUGAUGCCACCUAUCAGCGCCAGUCCUCCUAUGCCGUCAGCAACGGCUACACACAGGCCCGGCAAACAUCCGGGUCGGUGUCUGGCCCCGUCUCCAUGCGGCGCUCUCUAAGUGGGACCCUGGCACGUGGGGGAGGGGGCGGAGAAAUGGAGAUGGCCCAGCAGUACCAAUCCUUCAAGGGCCCUGCCCACCGAACCAUCAACCGUAUUGCCAACCGCAACCGCAUGAGCAUGGGGUCUGUGUCGGGGGUGGGAACUCUGCAGCACCAGUUCUCCAGCGGUAGCAGCAGCUACGGUGGGGGGAUGAUGAUGGGGGGGUCCCAGGGCUUCAUUCAGCAAGCGCCCUCCAUCCACCGUGCCAUGUCUGUCAAGAGCUUACGCAGCGUGGGCAAGGGUGAAGAUGUGUUUGACAGCCAGAUGAUCGACAGCAUGGGAAAUCUCAGUGGACUCAGCAGUAUGGACAUGCCCACUGCUGUCAAUUACCUGUCCACACUGGAAACAGGCCUACAGGUGCAAGGAGCAGCCUACAUCCAGCAUGAAUGCUACCAUAACAAUGAUGCCAAAAAUCAGGUGCGGCUCCUGAAGGGCAUCCCCAUGCUCGUGCAGCUCUUCACGAGUGAGAACCAGGAAGUGCAACGCUACGCCACAGGUGCCAUGCGCAACAUCAUCUAUGAGAAUAUGGACAACAAGGCAGCGCUGAUUGAGGCGGGAGGGAUUCCUCUGCUCAUCGCUGCGCUGAAGGAGCAGGAUGACGAGCUCCACAAAAACAUCACCGGGAUUCUGUGGAAUCUAUCCUCAAAAGACAGCCUGAAAGAGAAGCUGGCCAGAGAGACACUGCCCCAGCUGACGGAGAAGAUACUGAUUCCCCUGUCAGGCAGUGGAGGAUCUGAGGUGAUCCAGCAGUCUCCCUCUGAGGCUGACAUCUUCUACAACACAACAGGUUGCCUCAGGAACCUGAGCUCUGUGAACGAAAAGACACGGGACCAGAUGCGUGGGACAGCAGGCCUGGUGGACGCACUGGUGGGCUACAUCCAGAACUCCCUGGCGGAGGGCAAGAUGGAGGACAAGGGGGUUGAGAAUGCUGUGUGUGUCCUAAGGAACCUGUCCUAUCAGCUGUACAGUGAGAUACAACCCUCUAUCCUACAGAGACUGGAGGGCCCCACCAGGGGGCAGGACAGCGGAAAUUACGAAGCAAUUGGCUGCUUCACACCCAAGAGCAAGAAAGCCAAAGAUCGGCAGAACCAGGACCUGUCCACAUUCACCGAGGUGGCUAGGCAGCCCAAGGGCCAGGAGUGGCUGUGGCACCCCCAGAUUGUGGGGCUUUACAACCGCGUGCUGCAGCGCUGCGAGAUCAACACCACCACCCGCGAGGCUGCUGCCGGAGCCCUGCAGAAUAUCACCGCUGGCGAGAAGAGGUGGGCGUCAGUUUUGAGCCGGGUUGCUAUGGAGCAAGAGCGCAUGUUGCCCGUGGUGAUCGACCUCCUGCGUAGUCACAGUGACCUGGAGCUGCGCUCGCUAACAGGCUUCCUGAGGAACCUAUCCCGCCAUGCCAGAGACAAGAAUGACAUGGCAACCAAGGUGGUGAGUAACCUGGUGUCCAAGCUGCCUAACGAUGGUCACCAGAAGGAGCCAUCCAGCGAUGUGGUGGUCAACAUCUGUGGGGCCCUCAACAACCUGGUCAUAGGCAGCAUGUUGGCCGCCCGAGAUAUAACCUAUUUUGAUGGACUGCCAAAGCUGAUGAGCAUCAAGAACUCCCGUGACAAUAGCCCUGGGAAACUGAAGGCAGCCAAAGCAUCUUCAACAGUGCUCUGCAAUAUGUUUCAGUACAAGAAGCUAUACAGGGACUACAAACAGAAAGGAUACACAAGACCAGACUUUGCUGACAUGACCAUUUAAAACAUAACUACUGUUGUUAUACUGUUGCUACUAAAACGAGCUGGCAAAGGAGGAAUAAAAACUCUUCUCAAGCAAUACAGCCAGCCAACCUUACACUAUACUUUCAAACACAGAAUCACCAGAUGUACAAAUGAUAUAAAAAUGGAAGCCAUACAUGUGUUACAUUUGAUUGAACGUAACACAAAGGAACUUACUUAAGAAGAAUGCCCCUUUAGAUUUAUCCCCAAAUAAAUGGAUGUGCUUUCCUUUCCUCAUGGAUUUAAGCCCAUUUCUAUUUUUUUUUGUAACAUGCAUGCAGUUACUGAUGGAUGCCUGUCAACAAGUGAUGGUUGAUAUUCACUUAUGUGGCGCCCCCUAAUGCUCAGACUCUGACUCUGACUGUGCUCAUACAAGCCUAACUGGGUCGCCCAAGGAUGGACUCCUUCCGGGUCACUCUGGGUGCUUCUAUCCAGUUUGUGUAUUGGUGUUAAAGUGGUUGCCCUUAGUGAAGGUUCUAAGCCAACUGUAACUAACUAACUUGAAUGGAAUGUGAUAUGGACCAGGGUGGUGUGGUUAGUCACUUCAUUCGUUCAUCAAAUUUAAUUUGCUCAAACACAUGUAAUAAUAAUUUUCAUCUCAGCAGUGGUGUGUCAUUGUUAAUAGCAAUAGCACCAUGCCGAAAGCAGUCCCCUAUGAUCUCAGCGAAUCACAGCUAAGAGCCACCAGCAAACAGACACAGCAACGCUCUCACAGUGUUAACAAAACAAAUUGAAAGGUUGUGAGUUGUGGUGGUUUUAACUUAAAGCUGGUGAAUGUAACUUGAUUUUGAAGGCUUUCAGUGAGAGCUGCAUAUUCAAAUACCUAUUGGGAGAAAGCUGAGAAGGAUAGAUAUAAAACUAUCCUAACCAAUAUAAACACAGGCCAUAGCUAUUUGAUUUUCCAGAAUUGCAGUAGCCUAUUGUCAUCAUUGCAUAUGGAUUUUCUGAUCUGAUAUGAUGUAAUAUAGCCACUCAAUUUGUACAUGCUUUCUGCUAUUGUAAUUUGAUAUGGUACAGUGGUGCCUUGUACCAACAGUAUCAUUUUUAGUAUUUCACAAUUCAAAGGAAACACGCAAUAUUCAAUUCAGGCAAUGGUCAGAGUACUACAGGCAAUUUUAUUAACACAGACCUGUUGAUAAAUAUAUGUGUAUUCUCAAGUGCUAUAUUUUUGUAAGACUGGAAAGUGUAUCAGUGAGAUGUAUAAGAGAUGUGUACGAAUGCAAUGCUAUAUGGCGUGACUAAUGGGUGGGCACAGGAACAGGGAACUAUAUUGUAAAUGGAUGUUUGAGACUGAGUGGGAAUGUGUGUACCCUUUACACUUAUUUUAUUCUUUUUUGAUAAACAUUAUGCAUGUGUGUGCUGUAAAACAGUGGAAUAUCUACUAAACCAGCCUUGAAGAGUCACUGUAUGGCCCUAGCAUGUUUUCCUUUCCAGUUCAUUAUGUUGAUUUAUAUUAGAUUUAACGAAGAAUUUUAAAAAUACACAAACUGUGCCUUCAGUGAAAUAAGUGUUUUUGACAAUGUGUGAGAUUCCAGUCAUAUGCGCUGUCAUUCAAAUUAGUUAUUUUUCUUGAAUGAAGCUGGAAAGACGAGUAGAUGUCACAUAAAUCAGGAACCCAUGCUAUAACUAUUACAGCAUUUUUAUUAUAGUGUCUUUUUGACAGAAUUAUUGCAUGAACUCCAAUGUGUAUGCACAGUUUGUCAAUAGAAUUUUGAUUAAUUGUUUCAGACUAUUUUGUGCAAGGUACUCUUUGUAUUGUGGGUGUGAAUGUCUUUGUAGAUACUUUAAUUGCAAAGUAUUUUGUUUUCAAAUAAUAGUUAGAUUUUUCGAUGUAACUGAGGCUUUAUUUUUUGUAUUGAAAACUAUUUUCUGAUACAUACUGUUAACAUAUACUGACUAAUUACUCAUAAAAAUAAUAUAUGUACAAUACUGACUUGAAUGUUUGACUAAGAACAGGUGCAUUUCUGUCAGCAUGAAUGGCUAAUUGUGAACAUUGUUGUUCUUCAGUGUGUUUGUUUCCCAGAUAGAAAGUUUGUGGUUUGGAUGUAGGUAGAGAGAAUAGACAUUAUGUGCAUUAUGUCAGUUUUACUUACAGGACAAUAAAACAAAUGUUGUUCCAACCACUCGCUGCCCUCAAGCUCCACUGCGACCCCUAAGAAUGUUUCAUUAGUCAUACUAAUCCUACUGUAAACAGAAAGGCGCGUCCUCUCACUGGUCAUUUGUAAUUAUCAUAAUAAAUAACAAAAUAUUUUAGAUGUGAA